CGACAUUCAUUUAAGUGAGAUGUCAUUUCGAGUGAUCAGUGAUUGAGACGAACUUUUCACUGUCGACCAAUUCUAGUCAAAGUAUUCAUCAAUAUUUACAGUAAAUAUUUCCCCAGAAAGGCGGUGACAUCUUUGAAGUGUUGAGUCUGAUGUUGCUGCGGAGUGACGUGGAAGAGAAGCUGACUGAGUCGACAACGGAUCUCUCUUACCUGUUUCCCAACACUUUUCCAAUCCAAUGUCCGAAAGUAUGUCGGGAAGGAAACGAAAUCGAAAUCGAGAAGUUGUAGCUGCAUCAUCAGAACCUAUUGGGAUUCGAGCCCCUCGUCCUUUACCCAUAGACAGCAGUCCCGGUGCUGCACCAUUCCAUUACGAUGAAAUUGCGACUCAAGAAAGAGAAGCCUGUGACUAUUCCAUUAAAAUUACAUAUGAGAUGGCUCUGGCAGGGCAAGGACGCAAGGUCCGAGUUUAUGCUGAUGGCAUCUAUGACAUGUUCCACAGUGGCCAUGCUCGACAGCUAAUGCAGGCUAAAAUGGCGUUCCCUAACUCAUAUCUCUUGAUUGGAGUAUGUAACGAAGAACUAACACAUCUCAUGAAAGGACGUACGGUUAUGGACGAGUUUGAACGUUAUGAAGCAGUUCGACAUUGUCGUUACGUUGAUGAAUUAAUUACUGACGCUCCCUGGACCAUUACUGAUGACUUUUUAGAGAAACACAAGAUUGAUUUUGUUGCUCAUGACGAUCUCCCCUAUGCUGCUGUGGACAGUGAAGAUGUCUACAAAGACAUCAAAGCACGAGGAAUGUUUCUUGCUACUAAAAGAACUGAAGGAAUUUCUACAACAGAUAUCAUUGCUCGUAUCAUAAAAGACUACGAUAUGUAUGUACGGAGAAACUUGUCCAGAGGUUAUACUGCUAAAGAGUUAAAUGUUGGUUUCAUGAAGGAAAAGAAGAUCCAAUUUGAAGAUAGAUAUGGCAAGCUGAAAGACAAAGGCAAGUCAUUAAGGAGAGGCUUCAUGGAUAAAGGAGGAGAAUUACUUCAUAAAUGGGAGGAGAAAUCGAAAGAAUUCAUUGGCAAUUUUUUGGACCUUUUUGGCAGAGACGGCAAAAUUUUUCUAACUGAUUCCACUGGAUGGUAUUUGGCAUCCAGUCAAAGAUGCCUCUAAUUUCAUAAAGAUAUUCUCUAUAUUCUCUCUCUCUCUCACAGCUAUUCUCUCUCUAUGAUUGUUGUAUAUAUUUCUAAGUAAUAAAUUAUUUCAAAACAAA